AAGCCCCGGUCUCCCCUCCCGAACUGUAGCGGCCUCCCGCCGGGGCUCUGGGAGCAGCUGUCACCCGGCAAGCAGCCCGCUGGCCAUGGGGCUGUCUGAAGCUUCAGGGUGAGUGCAGGGCACAGUUCCAGUUCCCCGCGUCCGUGUCCGCGAGCUGCCGCGUGGCCCCGGUGAGGGCGCCGGCUUGGGUUAGCUCGGAAGGGGUAUCGCUAAGUCCGGAGCAGGCAUCCUCCCCCUGCGAAGCCCUGGUUUGCAGCUCUGCGGAUUUUCUGCAGGCGGCUGCCCCAUGAAGCGGGGGAUGGGGGCGGGAGCCCGCGCGACCCCCCGCCCCGGAGGGGUGUGCGGGAAGCCACUCGAGCGCCUCCCGCGGAUUAGCCUCGGGCCGCGGGGGGCGGCUGAGUGUGGAGGAGCCCCGGCCCUGGAGGUGAGCCGCUGGGCGCGUUGAGGCCCGGAGGUCGCCGCAAGGAGCCCAUAGCGGUGGCCCGAGCCCACCCAGCUGUAACCAUUAAGCGGGACUGAGGGGCCCCGAGGUGUCCUUCCAGGGGGAGGGGCCCAGGAUCGAGACCCCGCCCUCCAAGCACGUGGCCUGGGGAGUGGGGGAGCCCUUUAAGAAAACCUGAGUGACUCACGGAGGAGGGGCAAGGGGGCUCAAAGAUCUCUGUGAGACGGCGGUGCCGAGUCUCUGAGGAUCUGCCUUGCACCUACUCCACUCCCUUCUCCAGCCAGGACAUCCAGCAGGGGAGAGUUCCCCCUCAGGGAAGACUCCUGCGCCGGGAUCUAUUCCCAGACGGAGGGACACACAGGCACUGUUGCCUGUGACACAGACCAUGGAGUUGAGGAAUCGAGACUACCAUGUGGAGCGGCCACUGAUGAACCAGCAACAGCUGGAGGAACUGGGGCACCGGACCUUAGCCACCAGGACCUACCAGUGGCGAACCUGGUUUCAGUGCUCCCGUGCUCGGGCCCGAGCCCUUCUGUUCCAGUACCUCCCAGUCUUGUCCUGGCUACCCCGGUAUCCCUUGCGUGAUUGGCUCCUGGGCGACCUUUUGGCUGGCCUGAGUGUAGCCAUUAUGCAGCUCCCACAGGGCCUAGCCUAUGCCCUCCUGGCUGGACUGCCCCCCGUAUUUGGCCUCUACAGCUCUUUCUAUCCUGUCUUUGUCUACUUCCUGUUUGGCACUUCCCGGCACAUCUCCGUGGGCACCUUUGCUGUCAUGUCUGUGAUGGUGGGCAGUGUGACAGAAUCCCUGGCCCCGGAUGAGAACUUCCUGCAGGGUGUGAACGCCACCGUGGAUGAGGUGACCAGAGACCACGUCCGGGUGCAGCUGGCCUCCACGCUCAGCGUCCUGGUGGGCCUCUUCCAGGUGGGGCUGGGUCUGGUCCGCUUCGGCUUCGUGGUCACCUACCUGUCGGAGCCCCUCGUCCGAGGCUAUACCACAGCCGCGUCCGUGCAGGUCUUCGUCUCGCAGCUCAAGUAUGUGUUUGGCCUCCAGCUGAACAGCCACUCUGGGCCGCUGUCCCUCAUCUAUACAGUGCUGGAGGUCUGCUCGCUGCUGCCUCGGAGUGUGGUCGGCACGGUGGUCACCGCGUUGGUGUCAGGGGUGGUACUAGUGCUGCUGAAGCUGCUCAGCGACAAGCUGCACCGAUACCUGCCCAUGCCGAUCCCUGGGGAGCUGCUCACGCUCAUCGGGGCCACAGGCAUCUCCUACGGCGUGGGCCUGAAGUCUAGAUUUGGGGUGGAUGUUGUGGGUGACAUCCCUGCAGGGCUGUUGCCCCCAGCGGCCCCCAGCCCCCAGCUGUUCGCCAGCCUGGUGGGAUAUGCCUUCACCAUCGCUGUGGUUGGUUUUGCCAUUGCCAUCUCCCUGGGGAAGAUCUUCGCCCUGAGACAUGGCUACCGGGUGGACAGCAACCAGGAGCUGGUGGCUCUCGGCCUCAGUAACCUCAUUGGGGGCAUCUUCCAGUGCUUCCCCGUGAGCUGCUCCAUGUCCCGCAGCCUGGUGCAGGAGGGCUCUGGGGGCAACACACAGGUGGCCGGAGCUGUCUCCUCCCUCUUCAUCCUCAUUAUCAUCGUCAAACUUGGGGAGCUCUUCAGAGACCUGCCCAAGGCUGUGCUGGCGGCUGCCAUUAUCGUGAACUUGAAGGGUAUGUUGAAGCAGUUCACCGACAUUCCUUCCCUCUGGAAGUCAAAUCAAAUGGAUCUGCUCAUCUGGCUGGUGACCUUUGUGGCCACCAUCCUGCUGAACCUGGACAUAGGCCUGGCGAUCGCCAUCGUCUUCUCCCUGCUCCUCGUGGUCUUCCGCACGCAGCUGCCCCGCUACUCUGUCUUGGGGCAGGUGCCAGACACGGAUAUUUAUCAAGAUGUGGCCGAAUACUCAGAGGCCAGGGAGGUCCCAGGCGUGAAGGUCUUCCGCUCCUCGGCCACCAUGUACUUCGCUAAUGCUGAGCUCUACAGCGACGCGCUGAAGAAGAGGUGCGGUGUGGACGUUGACCACCUCAUCUCGAAGAAGAAGAAGUGGCUCAGGAAGCAGGAGCAGAAGCUGAAACGGAUGCAGAAGACCCUCCAGAAACAGACUGCUUCCUCCGAGGGCACUUCUGUUUCCGUCCAAGUCAACACCAACAUCACAGACGUGGAGAGCAACAAUGUGGACGACUCCAUGGCCAGGCAGGCGAGCGCAGGGAAUGAGCUAGAGGAUACAACAGUCAGCGGUCAAGAAGAUGCCAAGGCGGCAAACGGGUCCACACUGAAGGCCCUGGGCCUGCCUCAGCCACACUUCCACAGCCUCGUCCUGGACCUGGGCGCCCUCUCCUUCGUGGACACUGUGUGCAUCAAGAGCCUGAAGAAUAUUUUCCGCGAUUUCCGAGAGAUCGAGGUGGAGGUGUACAUGGCCGCCUGCCACGCUCCUGUGGUCUCCCAGCUUGAGGCCGGGCACUUCUUCGAUGCAUCGAUCACUAAGCGGCAUCUCUUUGCUUCUGUCCACGAUGCUGUGCUCUUUGCCCUCCAGCACCCGAGGUCCAGCCCGGCCAGCCCUGUUUCGACAACCAAACUCUGACCGUGCCUCCGCCCUGCCUACUACUGUUCACCUCUGGAGGCUGUGACCAGGCGCUUGUGAGAAACUCCCCGCCCCCGGGCUGCCUCCAGACGUCACCCAGGAGUCCCCUCCGUAUACACACACACGCAGCUCAGGGAUGGAGGUCUUGGGAUUCCCACGUUCAGUGCCAUAGGCCUGGGCCUGGGAAGGGGCACUGGAGUCAGACCGGCACCAGCUGGGCUGGGGAAAGAUCCAUGUUUUUAGCCCCAGAAAUAAAGACCUGUUUGCCUA